GUUGUCUGCCUUUAUCCAGUGAUUACUCCAUUAUCCUUGGAGAUACUGGCUUUGUAUGCAUCAUUUGAUGUCUACAACGGAUUUUAACUUUGCUCACAGCUUAUUCUAGGGAUAUAGGACUCUAUCCGUCCGUUAGUCCUUCGACGCAUCUCCUUCCUUGGAUUUGAUGUUAAACGAUGCCUGAACGCGCCAUUCUGCUUCUUACGAACAGCUCCUUUGUCCAUUAGAUUUUUCACACUGCUCCGUCUACGCGUAUUAUCCAACAGACUUUUCCUGCUGCCGAUGUCGAAUUAUCCUUCAGCGCCGCCAUUUGGCGGGCCUUUCGCCUACGUCCCACAAUGGCCUCACGCGUCAACUCCAAACUCACUGCCUUCUUUACCUCCACACACCUUCCCCUCUAAUGGAGAUUAUACUGCAUCCAUAUCCCAUAGUAAUGCGAACAGUUUCCACCAGAAUUCAAAUAUCGCGGGUCUAGGGGCAUUUGGCGCCACUGGCACGCUUCCACCUCCCCUCCCGUUCAUGGGGUUACCUCCACCUCCGUUCCCAUCAUUUCCGCUAUCCUCUGUAACAUUCCCGCCAGUGCCUCUGGCCAACGGUCCGCAGCCCGAUGGCCGCUCUGUUGCUGCUGCGCGGACGUUCGCAAACGACGGGGCUGUACACACGCUUGAUUCACAGGCCACGACCGAAUCAAGUUCUAGGCAAGAUUCCGAUAGAGAGGAAGGUGAGGUCAGUGACAUGGAAGGCCAGAUUCCGUCGCAGGCAAAAGAGGCUGGAUCUGAAAGAUCGAUUACUUUAAAUCGGCAUCAGGAUGUGUCAGGUGGGAUAUGUGACUCCGCAUUAAAUUCAGGGUUUCCUAGAAACAGGACUCAACACCUCGGUAUAAAGGACCCUGGAAAUUUUGCUGCUAUACCACGCGAAGUGUCUGGGAAGACUAAUCAGGGUACAGAUGAAGCUCCGUCUGAGCUCCACCCUUGUUCUAGGGACAGUGAAUCACCAUAUAACCCCCCAAUCUCAAUAGCUGAAGUACCACAUGGAUCAGAGUCGGAAGCGCCGAAUUCUUCUGCUAUGCGCCCCAAGAGUCCACCCAUGUCUAUUCCAAAGGAAGCUCAGUUUCAAUUAAGCACCAAGUCUCCUUCACAGUUACGCAUCCAGGCUCAGGGGGCUUUGCUUAGCUUAGCGCCUCAUAAUAUUCGCUACAGCGAGCUUGUUGGGGAGGGAAUUAACCCCAUGGUACUAAAGCAACUCUAUGAAGAAGUUGGAAUCAAAAUCGCGACAUCUCAGCCUGGUACAUCUGUCCCUUCGGUCCCCGUUAAGCUUGUUGCCUCAGGACAUGAGGCUAAUGCGACCGCCGACCUACCAGUGGUUAAACGGACCGCCAAAGAAUUGACGGAUCAAGAGGCUCCUCAGCAAAGGAAAAUAUCAGAAGUGGAAGCUGCAAACAAAGCUCUCACCCCUCCCGUUCUGUCUUCCACUCCCCAGCCUGACGGUGGAAAGCCUUUGGAAAGAAAGGAGGUCAUCGCUCGCAUGCUUGCUGCUAGGGCUGCUAAAACUUCCGGGACACCUCAACUCUCGAAGCCGGAUGCUGAAAAUGAAAGUACGGUUACUACAGCUCCUUCUGUACCAGCUACGGAGACAUUGACACUUCCUUCGAGCGAAGCGACUGAAAGUGAGAAGGAAAUUCGUGUUCGAGAAAAGAACAAGGCUCAGACGGAGUUGGCGAGACAGCGAAUCGAGCUCCUUAAAAAGCAAGGAUUGACCAGGACCCAAUCAAAGCCACGAGCGGGUUCUAUUUCACAAAACACAUUGCAGCAAAACAACGACGCUGUCCAGGUUUCAACACCUCCAGCAUCCAGCCCAGCAAUCCGGCACCCUCUGCCCAACCGUCCUCCGGCACCUGAUCCUGCACCAUCUGCUCGUAUUCCUGGUCUGUUUAUGACUGAACAGAGCUCGCAUCACGAACCUAAUAUUAAAGCUGACGGAGGAGCUGUCACUGUCUCAGCAUCACAGCCUCGUGUCACUCACCGAAAGCGCCCGAGAGCGUCUGAUUUUAAUGAACCGGUCGUCACAUCAAAAUCAUCUUUUGGCCAUAUCCAGAAUGGCGGGGCGCCAGAUGAUAGACUCAUAAUUGAUAUUAGUGACGAUGAAGUCUUUUAUGGAGAGGCUGAUACCGAUGAUAUGGAUAUUGACUCCUCAGCUGAUCAAAUUUUACAAGACGCUCGCUCAAAGGCCCUAAGAGGAGCCAAGAUUCCUCGGCUCGAGGGCUAUCCUUCUUCGACAGGAUCUGUCGGCCAAAGGAAUAAUGGUUCAUUUAACACGAAGAUAUCGGCCUCAUCUACUCCACAGUCACCCUUCAGAAACAACGAUCGUCAGGAUCUUCGGCAGGUGGACUUGGAAAUCCAAGCUAUGCGCCGACGAAUUGCAGAGAUGGAAGAAAAAAAGAAAUCAAAGUCAGCUUCAGAUCUUGCUCGGCCUCCUGGGACAUUAAGCCCUUCGCGUCUGUCGCAAGCCGAAAAUGCCAUACCAGAAGUUGGCCUUUUGCAAUGUCCUCCCGCAGCAGCUAUGCCAUCUAUCGAAAAGGAAACGGCUGAGAGUACGAUCAUCAGCAAUGGUACUCAUGGUACUAUUUCCAAGAAGCCCGUCUCUUCUGAAUCAGGGGAACUGGAGAAUCUACGGUUUAAAUUGCUGAGAAAGAAGGAGAUAGAAUCUGGUCUUCCCGUCCUGGAUGCAGAAAUACUUAGGUCAGAAACACGACUCGCAGAAGUCAAAGAGGAGAUGGAAAGGUUACUGGCUGAAAUUGCAAAAGGAAAGCAUGGAAGACAGCAACUCGUUGAAGAACUACAGCAUCUUCAAUCAGAGGCUAACAGCCACUCCCUCGACGAAGUCGAAACGACGCAGCGCCUUCUUGAAAAUAAGGAGCCGCCAAAAAAUACAGAGGAAGGUAAGUUUCGCUCUGUAUGCUGAAGCAUCUGCAGCAGCAAUGUGCCUUAGAUCCAACGCUCAUUCUGUUUACAAUGAUUGUCUAGCUACUCCCAUGCCAAAUGAUACAGUCGAUGGCGACCUGGCUGUGCCAGAUGCACUAGCCCUUCAGACUGGCGAUUCAGAAGGGUCACGCUCUGCCAGUCUUAGCCGUGAUACUGGUGCCGCCACAGACCUUGAGCCUGCUUCCGCUUCUGAACCCCUAGAUACAGCCGAGCAUCAAACGGUGUUUUCUGCCCAUGUAACUGACGAUCUUGGAGAAGCUCCACCGGCACCCUCCCUAUCGGAGUCGGGAGGGUCUGCAAUGGACGAAUCGAUUGACAGCGCUCUCUCCGAGCCUGUUCAGGAGCCGGCGCUGGAACAAACGGCUGCAGCAAGCGCUACUCCACCUGACGGUUCUGGGACCUCCGAAUCGGUCGACAUAAGCGAGACUGGUUCAAUUCUAAUGGAAAAUAGCCAUGAUUCUCUUCCCGAGCGCCCUCGGUUUACUGACGCUGCGGCUGAAUUGCCCAACGCGGGUGAUGACGAUGGUCAGGUUGACGUUCGCAACUCCCGUGAAUCUUCUGCUGAGUCUGAGGCGUCUGAGGCAUAUGAGCCUCCAGAACCAGACACAAGUGCCGAUUCUGCUGACGAACUUUAUACACCCUCUUUUAGUCCUUCGUCGGGCCGUGGAGAAUUGCCGGACGUUUCUGCUCACACUGUUGGCCAACCACAAGCUGACAAACCACUAACAGGGACAGUGCUGGUUUCGGAUGUGAGCCAGACGCCUGAAGUUGGGAACCUCGAUGUAGGAUGAACCAUAUUGCGAUAGGAUGGCUUUGACUGCCUACUGACACUUUUAUUAUAGCAUGCUCAGAAAGAGAUGCCGGGGUUCGGAUUUUCGCCGUAUCAUAGCCCUUUGAGAUUUUUCAGGGCCUAUCGCUAUCACCCCAACUUCGUUGACAAUGUCUCAGGCGGCUAUCGUUCCCUAACAUACAGUCAUGAUAUUGACCCUAUGGUAUACGUAUGCCCUUUCGAGGUAGCGGGAGGCGUCUGCAAUGACCGCUCUUGCGAAUUCCAGCAUUUCCGUGAUAUGACUCUCAGCGGUGCGUCGACAGACAUGAAAGCAAAUAUAUAUACCACUUCCCCCCUCCCCUUGUUGAUAAAACCUUCCUCCACCCACAGACCCAUAUGUUCCACAUGUUCCUGUGGCCAAUUCCCCCCUCCACCCCGAGUUUCAUUUCGCGAAUAACUGCAUUGCUCAAAUACUGACCACAGCGUGGUUUAUGUUGACAGAUGACAAAAUCUUGGUUCAGAUGGGCUCCCUCAGAGAAGGCAAGACCCAGGAAGAAAAAGACAACUAUCUGGCUGGUCUGAAACAGAUCAUCAAUGACAUGCGACGCGACCAGGUGAAGGAUUUCAGCACUGUGGCGGCAGAGAUUGCCGCAUACCGUAGACGCUUCCUCCAAGAUCCCUCGCGCAUUUUGCCAUUGUAACUGUUGUUCCCAACCAGCGAAUUCGAUUUCCAGAUAUUGUCAAGGUGAGCUUGCUGCUGAUAUAUUCAUCCGACGCAGCGGGCCAAAGUUUCGCCUGGCCCAGCACCAGGUGAACAUUAAAAAGGGCGCGAAGAACGUCACUUAGUUUGAUCCUCAUUAUGGACACACAGCCUUAACGCUUCCCUCGUAUCUUUUCCAUUCCCGCUUUUUGCCCUUUGGGUUCUCGGAAGGGACUCACCCAUCUUCCCUGUGUCUCCUACAUAGCAAGCACGGCGUUUUCUUUCUUUCCUUCUCUUCCUCUUUUCAUAUACCUCGUCCAUUUACCAUCAGUUCGCCGUAUACUUGGGCCCCCGAAGCGGGCAUGAUUCUUUCUAUCGACUUUGAAGUUGGAAAGGCACAAUGACGGACACGCGUGGAGCAGUGAGCCUAAAGAAAGGAGGGUGGGAAAAAAAAAAAGGAAAAGAGGCAUAAGAGGCCAAUCGUUCCCCCCGGACAGACGAAUUUGAGACCUAUCCCAGGUCCAUGGCCGCGAAGCAUGACUCAUGCAUGUUCGGCCUCGGGGAUGCGUCAGAGCCGAAAAGUCGGCCGUACGAGUAUGACACGUAUUAUAGAAGUAUACUGAUAUUGUCAAUAUAACUUCAAUUCUUGAUUGAGUUCUGAACAGCACGUAGGUUCAUAACCCCCAGCUGAAAUGUCCAUACUUGGAAAACCGGCGUAGAAAUGAAAAUGAGACACUAUCCAAGCAAGCCCAUAUAUAAUACGUAUCAUACAUAUUACAUAGACGAAGACCAUCAGGCUGCGCAAUCUUGCCCGGCCAAGGGCUGGGGCGCAGUCAAUGUCAAUGUCAUUCUUACUAGGAAGAAGUGCAUCACAUUACACGCAGAUCCCAGUCCCAGAUAAAUUCCAAAGUGCAGCAGAUACAACCCGUAGAAACGGUAAGACGAUCCGAAGAGCCCGGGUUAGCAUGCAUGCAGGUAAGCGAACAUAGGAAAAAAGAAGGGGGAAAAGAAUGCAGUAUUUACUGCAAGAAGGCCAGAGUAUUGCGGUUUAAUUUCAUCCUACCGAACAUUGUAGGUAGUAGGUUGGCCCGACGGGCUCCAAGGGCACAGCACAGCCUCGUGACGUUACUCCGAUGCCAACGUCAACAACAGAAACAGAAAAGAAGCCUAGAGCAUCCGAGAUAGACCAGGAAGAAAGAAAGACUUCUGAAAAUCUGACCGAUAUUCCUAAGGCUGGAACUGGAUAGAACGAAUGAUUGGAAUAGUAGAGAGAAGACGAGGCGAGGGCAAUAGGCGACGACCGCUACUUCCUGGGCACUGAUUGGCGGGGAGGUGCACUAGGGAUAGCAAG